AUGUCGGUGUACGCAGCGAUACUGAUGGUGGGGGCGGGCUCGCUGCUCGCCGCGGGGGAAGAGGGGGGGCUGCUGGUGCACGCGCCGGCCGGCAGCAUCCGCGGCGUGCCCGCUCCCGACGGUGAUUACGUCAUGUUCCUGGGCAUACCGUAUGCCAGAGUCAACGCCAGCAAUCCUUUCGGGGCCGCGAUCCCGCACGAAAAAUUUGACAAAACUUUUGAAGCCUCCACCGAAUCCGCAGUAUGUCCGCAGAUGAAGAAAAUAUUUACAAAUAGAAAUAGCGAUAGGUACGACGGCACCCUCGACUGCUUGCGGCUCAACGUAUUCGUACCGAAGACGGAGACUAAACACCGAGGUGUUUAUAUUUUCGUAUUCGGUGGCAAGUUCGUGGAAGGAGACAGCAAAUUAAGUUCGUACGGACCCAAAUAUCUCGUGCGGCACGACAUCAUAGUGGUCACGUUUAAUUUUAGAAGCGGCCCCUACGGUUUCAUGUGCGCGGACAUCCCCGAGAUCCCCGGCAACCAGGCCGGCCGGGACCAGUACGCCGCCAUCGAGUGGGUCAGAGACAACAUCCGGGCUUUCGGGGGGGACCCUGGGAGGCUCACCCUCGGCGGCCACAGCUCCGGCGCCCAGCUGGUCGACAUGCACCUGCUGACCGAGCGGCCCCGGCUGUUCCGGCGGGCCAUCCUGCAGAGCGGAACCACCCUGGGGCCGGACUUCCUGGGCCCCUCCGAUCCUAUGGCGCUCGUCGAUAUCGCCGGGACGCUCGGCUUCGAAACUAACGACACGUCCGCCGCUCUGUCGUUCCUGGCCGAGGCGAGUCCCGAGGCCGUCGUCGAAGCGACGGUAAAGUACGAGUGGCGACCGUGCGUCGAAAAAAAAUUUCCCGGCGUCGUCCCGUUCGUCGCCGAAAACCCGGAAUUUUCGGAGGGGCGAAACGUCGACGGGUUGGACAUACUGGGGGGGUUCACGGACAGGGAGUACGCCUUUACGUGGUACUUUUCCGAUUAUAGACAUUUAUACCGCGAGCCGGAUAGCUUUCGGUAUACUCUGGAACAAAAGUUUAAUCUUUGGGACGAGAGCGACCUCGUAGAUAUAGUUCGGCGCUUCUACGUGGACGACGACGGAGAUCGCGAUAUCGUGAAAGAUGACACUGUCGAUUUGCUUUCCGAUUUCGCUUACGCAUACCCGAUGCAGCGACAGCUGAUGAAGUACGCGAAGCACCCGAACUCAAGCGUGUACCUCUACGUGUUCUCCUACGACGGUUGUCGGAACAGAAUGAAAAUAAUCUUCAACAUAACGGAUACCGGAGCGACUCACUCCGACGAGCUGGGGUACAUGUUUACCAUGGACUUAAUUCCGGAGAUGGACGAUAGCAGAGACCGGCGUAUGAUCGACCGACUGACCACGUUGUGGGCCAACUUCGUUAAGUACGGAGAGCCGACCCCCGCGAGGACGGCGCUGCUGCCGGUGGUCUGGCCGCCGCUGACGGCCGACACCGUGCCGGCGCUGCGGCUCGACGCCGACCUCACCGUCAUCUCGCGGCCCUUACGCAGCAGGAUGGCUUUCUGGGAUCUGUUCUAUGAUGCGCAUUUAGAUAAACUUCGUUACUGA